AUGGCCAGGGACAACGGGCAGAGCUCGGUGACGCUGCCGAUGAACAACCUCAGGGAGGAGGAUUCCGGCACCUAUUUCUGCACCAAAAGUGCUGGUUGGGGUGGUUAUCAUAUUGAUGUCAGCAGCAAGGAAUAUUGGCUCCCAAGGGAUCAUCCAGCCAUCAAAGAAGAGGAAUGGAUUUCCACCACUAAUGUAUUUUAUCCCUCCUUCUCUCCUCUAGGUUGCCCAGGAAUGUGGGACAACAUUACAUGCUGGAAACCUGCAAGUGUGGGGGAAAUUGUCUUUGUCAAGUGUCCUGCACUGUUCAGAUUUAUCAUCCCUGAAGAUGGUUGGGAAGUAGAUAAUUUGGGGCAAACCCAUGCAGGUGAUUACGACCUGCUGGAAAGCACAGCCCAGUCUCCCCUAGGGGACAUCAGCAGGAAUUGCACUGAGGAUGGCUGGUCUGAACCUUUCCCUCAUUAUUACGACGCCUGCGGCUUUGACGAAAAUGAGACAGAGUCCGAUAACCAGGAUUACUACUAUCUGUCUGUGAAGGCUCUGUACACGGUGGGAUACAGCACUUCCCUGGUGUCCCUCACCACUGCCAUGGUCAUCCUGUGUCGUUUCAGGAAGCUUCACUGCACCCGGAAUUUCAUCCACAUGAACCUCUUUGUUUCGUUCAUCCUGCGUGCAAUAUCUGUGUUCAUCAAAGAUGGGGUUCUUUAUGCUGAACAGGAUGGCAACCACUGCUUCAUCUCAACAGUGGAAUGCAAAGCAGUGAUGGUGUUUUUUCACUACUGCGUCAUGUCCAACUACUUCUGGCUUUUCAUUGAGGGGCUGUACCUUUUCACUUUGUUGGUAGAAACCUUUUUCCCAGAGAGGAGAUAUUUCUACUGGUACACAAUCAUUGGCUGGGGUACCCCAACAAUCUGUGUCACUGUCUGGGCAGUGCUGAGGCUUCACUUUGAUGACACUGGCUGCUGGGACAUGAAUGACAACACUGCCUUGUGGUGGGUGAUCAAGGGUCCUGUGGUUGGAUCAAUCAUGAUAAACUUUGUGCUUUUUAUUGGCAUAAUUGUGAUACUUGUGCAGAAACUCCAGUCACCUGAUAUCGGGGGCAAUGAAUCCAGCAUCUACUUCACCCUCCCUCUUCCUCCCAGAUGCAGCUGCAGUCCAUGCCCAGGACACGUGCGCAGCUGCGUUCAGAAAUGCUACUGUAAGCCUAAGAGGGCUAACCAGCACUCUUGCAAGAUGUCAGAACUAUCAACCAUUACCCUGAGGCUGGCUCGCUCCACGCUGCUGCUCAUCCCCCUGUUUGGAAUUCACUACACAGUGUUUGCUUUUUCGCCUGAAAAUGUCAGUAAGAGGGAGAGACUGGUGUUUGAAUUGGGACUGGGAUCCUUCCAGGGUUUUGUUGUUGCUGUUCUAUACUGUUUCUUGAAUGGGGAGGUGCAAUCAGAAAUAAAGAGAAAAUGGAGGAGCUGGAAAGUCAACCGGUAUUUUGCUGUGGAUUUCAAACACCGCCAUCCUUCUCUAGCGAGCAGCGGAGUGAACGGGGGGACACAACUGUCCAUUCUGAGCAAGAGCAGCUCUCAGAUUCGGAUGUCCAGCAUAAAUGCGGAGAACCUGGCCACAUGAGCAGCUGAGGGAGCAAAUCCAUCGGGAGCAAACCAAAAACCACCCCUCGAAACAGAAAAAAAAAAUGAAACAAUAGUUUUGGUUGUGGUGGUGUAGGUCUCUCCUCCUUCUCCUUCUUUCUCCUUCUUUCUCCUUCUUUCUCCUUCUCCUUCUUUCUC